AUGAGAUGUCUUUACGAUAUUGACGACUUCAGCUCUGACAAAAAUCCACUCGGUAUGGAUAACGAAACUGCCUCUACGCUGGACGAGGUGAACAACCGCCUUGCAAUGGUUCUACUUCCCAACUCCAUCAUGCUCUUAAUGUAUAUUGUGUUUGGACUUAUCGGCAACACAGUGGUCAUCUACAUUUGUAAGUUCAGGUGUCGAAAGCCAUCCGGUGACAGAUUCUUCAUUCCUUACCUGGCAGGGAUAGACGCCAUGGCUUGUGUCAUUUGCUCAUCUGCCAAUCUCAUCAUUAAUUUUAACCCGGUGCGUUACACAGAUGAUAGUAUGUGUAAGGCAUUCUUCAUGUUGAGCCAGUUUGCGGCAGGUUCCUCGGCACUGAUGCUGACAAUUAUAGCCAUCGAAAGAUUCCAGUUAGUCUGUCGACCAUUCAAACCUAGAAUGACUUCAACAUGCAAGAGACUGGUUGUUUCUAUCACAGUAUUCAGUGUGUUUUCGCUGUCGAUUCCAAGUUUGUUCACAACCGGAAUAGUGCCAAUAACUAACACGCGUUUGAAUGUGACAGGAUACGUAUGCGCUUCUGUAGAUGUGAUGGGAUCCCGUUUGUUCACGUUCGUUUACAAUAUAUUGGUCCUGACCGUCUGUAGUGGAAAUCUAAUAGUGCUGUGUGCUCUCUACGUCAUGAUUGGGAAGACCAUAUAUGGACGAGUGCAAUACCGAAAACGCAUGAAAAAUCAACAUUCUUUUACCACGGAUGGUAUAAGUGACACUUGUUUGGGACAGUCUUCGGCCAUAUCAAAUACUUCUAGCUCAGCCGUCCUGUCCAGAGUAUCAAACAACACUCAUGCCAAGAAGAUGAGAAUGGCUGGAAACAGGAUGUCAAUGAUAUUUCUCGUUAUAACUGCGGUAUAUGUGUUGUGCUUCGUGCCGACAUUAAUUGCGAUGUUGAAAAGUUCCCUGGACAGGAAUGACUGGGCAGAUAAAACUGCCGCUGAGACUCUGGGUUUGCGAACAGCUAACACUUUAUACAUUAUAAAUAACAUUGCUAAUCCAAUUAUAUAUGGCUUCUUUGACCAAAAGAUGCGAAAUGAGAUGACCACAUGUCUCUCAAAGAUAUGUUAG